UCCCUCACAGGCCAGCCCAAGGUCUCUCCCACCAUCCACCUCUUCCCGCCAUCUACCGAAGAGCUCAAGCAGCAGAACAAAGCCACCCUGGUGUGUCUGAUAGGAGACUUCUACCCCGGCGCUGUGCAGGUGACCUGGACAGCUGAUGGCAAAACCCUCAGCAGUGGCAUCGAGACCAGCCAGGCACAGCGGCAGACCAACAACAAGUACAUGGCCAGCAGCUACCUGACACUGAGUGCCUCUGACUGGAGCAACUACAACACCUAUGCCUGCAAGGUCACGCACGAGGCUGGCAAUGUAGAGAAGAGCGUGAAUAGAUCCGAGUGCCCCUAA